UUCGACGGUUCCGGAUUGAACCGGACCAUCCGGUUCGAACCGGGUACUCAGGUUUACUUCUCCCCAACCCAAUCUGAGAGUUGCAGGGAGCACUCGACGAAGGCGACUGACGAUGGAGAAGAUCAUGCUCGGCGACUUGGACGCGAGGAUAAGACGCGCUUGACCGCCAUGAUCGACAAGCUCCAAAAUCGCGACAGCAUGGAGUGGAUAGUGUUAAUUGCGUCGAUCAUUGUGAUAUGGAUAGCAUCUCUUUGGAAGAUUCUCGGGGGAGCUUCCUCGGCAUCUAAAGGAGCAUUCCUAAAUGACGGCGGUGGGAGGAAGAAUGUGCUGUUGGUUAUUGCCCAUCCAGAUGAUGAGUCUAUGUUCUUUGCUCCUGCUAUUGGUUAUCUGAUCUCACGAGGUCAUAAUCUGCAUGUACUUUGCAUUUCAACUGGCAAUGCAGAUGGAAUGGGAGAUGUCAGGAAAGAAGAGCUUUAUCUUGCAUCUGCAGUCCUCAAGAUUCCGACCCAGCAAGUGAAGGUUCUGGAUCAUCCAGAUUUACAGGAUGGUUUUGGGAAAGUGUGGAACCGGAAAUUAUUGGCUGACAUUAUUGACAAGGAAACACAAGCCCUUCGUAUAGACUCGAUCAUUACUUUUGACGAAUAUGGUGUCUCAGGACAUUGCAAUCACCGGGAUGUACAUCAAGGAGUGAGGGAGCUAUUGCAUGAAGUUCCUGAUAGGCAUCUGGAAGCAUGGGCACUUGCAAGCAACAACAUAUUACGCAAGUACAUUGGACCUGUUGACAUAUGGUUAUCGACACUUUUUGCAAAGAGACAGGGAUCACACUACCUGCCUAAUUCAGAUCCCCGUAAAACCUAUGCUGCUAUGGCUCAGCAUUCUAGCCAAUGGGUUUGGUAUCGGAAACUAUUUGUGACAUUUUCAAGCUACUCCUAUGUGAACACACUUAAGAAAAUCAAUUAGUUACAUAAACAUGGCAUUCUGGUGAUAGAAUCAUUGUCUCGGUAGGAAGAUCAAUGUUGUUAUAGGUAAAUCUCCUGGACAACUUUCAAUUUGGUCUCCAUGCUUAUGCUUUUAAAUAUUAUAAAGAUUGAGCUCUCAUUAUAAAAUUAUUGGAUUUUUCAGAAAUUUCAGUAUUAAUAUAU